AUUCAAUUAAAAAUAAAUGGAAAACAUUGAUCUUAAAGAAACUCUUAAGAGAAAAAAUUACUCCUCUGCCCUGUCUGACGACAGUCCUAGAAAACUCAGGUGGAAAGUCAAAGUCCUUGCUGAUAAUUAUCAGACAACCAAACAAAUUGAUCAGAUUAUUUCUGAUGUGAAGACCUCUAGGAAGAAUGUUGAAAAAUCCUUAGAGGCAACUAGAGAGGUCCUCGACAAAUAUGAAGGCUUUAAGAAGAACUUCAAUAAAGCUAUUACUAAACUUAGUCAGAGAAUUGAACUUGAGGAAAAUAACAAACUUAAGCCUGUUGAUACAGAAGUUCAAGAAGAAUUUGGAGAAUCGACUGCUUCUGUUUCUGAUGACAGCAGUAAUAUGGUGUCCUUUAAACAAUCCUGUCCAGUCUUAUGAUUGAAGAAAAAUGAAUCAAAAGUGACUAGAUUUUAUAAGAACAAUCCUCAUUUGGCAAGAUUUAAUCCAACUACAAGAAGAUCUCCCAAGUUAUCACCAACCAGGGCUCAGCCUUUUAAGUUUUAAUUUAAUUCACUAAUCCAUGUU